AGGCUCAUUAAAUGGAAAACCCCACACAGUUAGUUUUAGUGGAAGUAGCGCAGUAUGGUAAUUUGUUCCUUCAUGCAGCGAUUUACCUCAUGAAAAUAGUUCCUCUCUAUUUCUUCCUCAUAUCAGAUUUUGGUGUUACUGUAGAUCGUUUUUAUUGAAGCCCUGUCUCCUACUUAAUACUUAUUUGUAGAGACAGAACUAGUCUGAAUCACAGACAUUUGUUACAUCAGAAGAGAUGGUGGCAGCUGCAUUCAUCUUUCUUACCAUGGGAAUACUCUCAGGAUAUUGUGCUGGUCAAGAUGUGUUUCCACCUGGACCUGUGAAUGGAACAUUGGGAGGAAAUGUGAUUUUCAAAACCACCAUCAAUCCAACCACACUUCUUACAAUCAUCUGGACUUUUGGUGAACCCCCUGUCACCGUUGUUGACUUUGUCAGUACUGCAGGUCCUGUGAUCGGAGUGGGAUAUGUUGGUAGGAUCAGUCUGGACAAUAGCACUGCAUCUCUGGAGCUCAGGAAACUGACCCGGAUUGACAGUGGGACAUACAGAGUGAACCUAAGAACCACUGCUUUUUCUCAGGCGGGAUCUACUUCACUGAUUGUCUAUGAGACCAUUUCAAACGUGACCCUGAGGGCCAACGUCAUUGAUCUAAUGGAACUGAAUGACACUGCCAUUUUCUCCUGCUCUGUGUCCUCUGGCUCCUCCCCCUUCUCUUACCGCUGGCUGAAUGGCAGCUCUGAGGUCACAGCCAGAUAUGGAAUUCAGCUUGGUGAUGGAGGCCGUACUCUCACCAUAGCCAAUGUGACCCGGUAUGACCAGGGGCCAUACAGGUGUAUUGUGUCCAACCCCGUCAGCAGUAAACCCAGCCAGAAUCUAACCCUCAUCAUCAGCUAUGGUCCAGAAAACACCACAAUGAAGGUGACCCCUCUAGAUGUACUGUAUGGAUCAGGGUCAAACCUCACCCUGUCCUGCUCAGCUGAGUCCAGUCCGUCUGCCCAGUUUCAGUGGCUUCUGAAUGGAACACUGCUGUCCAAUAACGGACCAGAACUCAGGCUGGAGAACAUCCAGGCCAAUCAGAGUGGUAGCUACAGCUGCUGGGCCCAUAACACCAGAACCCUGAGGUACCAGAUAUCUGAGCCCUCUGACAUCACUGUGCUGGAACCAAUAUCUGGUGCUAACAUCACUACUACCCCAAACUCUUCAAUCAUCGAGGGAGGCUCUGUGAACUUAACCUGUGAUGCUUCUGGCGCCAUCAUCACCAGAGAGUGGAUGAAAGAUGGUCACCCUCUGUCUGCUGGUGGCAACAUAAUCAUCUCUGAGGAUAAGAGCAUGCUGUCCAUAAACCCUGUGAAGAGAACAGACACUGGAGAAUACCGGUGUAGAGUCAGCAACCCCAUCAGCACCGCUAAUGCUAAACACGGUCUCAUUGUAAACUAUGGACCUGAUGGUAUGGAAAUAAUGGGUCCAUCUGAAAUAGAAGUAGGACAGAAGAUUACAUUGACCUGCUCUGCUGACUCCAUACCGACUUCUAGUUACACCUGGGUGCUUAACGGGACAGAGAUACCUGGACAUUCACCUGAGUUCACUAAAGAGAAGAGUGAAUACUCUGACAGUGGGGAUUACACCUGUACAGCAACAAAUAAUGUCACUGGAAACAAAACAUCUGUGGUCCAUAAACUGUCAGUAAAAGCGAAGGGCUCUCUAACUCCAGGUCUGUCUGCUGGUGCCAUCGCUGGGAUUGUGAUUGGAGUAUUGCUGGUUGUGGGAGUGGCAGUUGGUGUUACAGUGUUCAUCAAUAAAAAUGGAGGCUCUCAACAACCUGUACAUGACAACCCAUCACCUGUGUAUGAGAACACAAGACAAAAUCAAUCUCCACCUCUACCCCUGACAGAUUUAAAUAAUACCUAUGAUACUAGGAUAAUGUAAGAGAAGUCAGUGGAAAAUAUCUCCAUUCAACCACCGUUCUCCAGUUUCCCCAUCAACACAUAAAACCUGCCAUGAUAACACCCAGUGUGGAUCUGUAAUAUAAUGUACAUAAUCAAUACAUUUAUCUCAUGUUUGUCUGCUUGAUUGUGUACUUUAUUAUUUGACAACAAUAACCUUUUUAAUGAAAGUAUAUAACAAAAUUUAUACUGUAACUUAGCUAAAUGAAGAAUAAUGUGGGGGAUGCAAUGUUAACAAUGUAAGGACCACCCACUUGGGAGCCAGGCCCACCCGCUUGGGAGCCAGGCCCACCCGCUUGGGAGCCAGGCCCACCCACUGGGGAGCCAGGCCCAGCCAAUCAGAAUACGCUUUUCCCCAAAAAGGACUUUAUUACAGACAGAUAUACUCCUCACGCGACCUCACGUGGUCUGCGGUUGUGAGGCCAGUUGGACAUACUGCAAAUUCUCAAAAAUUACAUUUGAGGUGGCUUAUGGUAGAGAAAUGUACAUUAAAUUAUGUGGCAACAACUCUGGUGGACAUUCCUGCAGUCAGAAUGCCAAUUGCAUGCUCCCUCAAAACUUGAGACAUCUGUGUCAUUGUGCUGUUUGACAAAUUUUGGAGUGGCCUUUUAUUGUCCCCAACACAAGGUGCACCUGUGUAAUGAUCAUAUUAUUUAUUCAGCUUCUUGAUAUGCCACACCUGUCAGGUGGAUCGAUUAUCUUGGCAAAGGAGAAAUGUUUACUAACAGAGAUGUAAACAAAUGUGUGCAUAAAUUUAGAGAGAAAUAAGAUUUUUGUGCGUAAUGAACAUUUCUUUUAUUUCAGCUUAUAAAACACGAGACCGACACUUUAUAUGUUGCGGUAAUAUUUUUUUCAGUAUAUAGAACACUAUUGUGAAGUGUGAUGGCAAAAGGGGAAAAAAGCUGGAGUACUUUAUUGCUUUUCAUGAUGUAAAAAAAUUAUUAUUAAUAAAGAUCGCCAUCCAUUUUUUUAUCAA